UUACUGCCAUGUUGAAAAAGUUGAAAACCUCAGAUCGGUUUGAAAAUGAUGUCGAACAGGCCUGCUUCACAGCUGAGUAUCAGACACCCAGGCGUCUUCAUUUUAAGAUCACUGAUCCCUAUAACAAACGCUAUGAAGUCUCCCAUGAGCAUGUUCAGCUGUUUAAUAGGACUGCUGGUUCCACCAACCCGAGCUAUCACGUCGAGCUCAUAAAGAAACCCUUUGGCAUCAAAAUAAUGAGGAUGAGCAACAAAAAAGUCUUGUUGGACACGAGCAUCGGGCCGCUCGUGUUUGCGGAGCAGUACCUGCAGCUGUCCUUCCUGCUGCCCAGCGCCAAUGUGUAUGGGCUGGGAGAACACGUGCACCAGCAGUACCGGCACGACAUGGGCUGGAAGACCUGGCCCAUCUUCACCCGGGAUGCUCCCCCCACCAAUCAAAUGACUAACUUGUAUGGAGCUCACACAUUCUUCUUGUGCCUUGAAGACACCAGCGGCUCCUCCUUUGGGGUCUUUCUGCUGAACAGCAAUGCUAUGGAGGUCACCCUUCAGCCGGCUCCUGCAGUAACUUACCGCACCAUCGGGGGCAUUUUUGACUUUUAUGUGUUCCUGGGAGACACUCCAGAACAAGUGGUUCAGGAAUACCUGGAGCUCAUUGGACGGCCAUUCCUGCCUUCCUACUGGAAUCUUGGUUUCCACCUUAGUCGCAGGAAUUAUAAUAACAUCGAGGGAUUGAAAGAGGUUGUAAACCGAACUCGUAAAGCUAGGAUUCCAUAUGAUGUCCAGUACUCUGACAUAGACUACAUGGAUGGAAAAAAGGACUUUACUAUCGAUGAAAAGGCUUUCCCUCGUCUCUCAGAUUUUGCCAAGGACUUACACGAACAUGGACAGAAAUAUGUAAUUAUUAUGAAUCCUGGCAUCUUAAAUAAUACUGACUACCAGCCCUAUAAGAAUGGAAGCAAAAAGAGAGCGUGGAUCAUGGGGAAUAAAGGCUUUGUCAUUGGAGAGGGAUAUCCUGGAAAGGUAGUCUUUCCUGCUUAUGAUAAGCCAAGUUGUACUCAAUGGUGGACAGAAGAGCUUCAUGAAUUUCAUAAAACUUUGGAGUUUGAUGGAGUGUGGCUUGAAAUGGAGGAAGUAUCUAACUUGCUCUCAGAUUCUGAUGAGUGUGAAAAGAAUAUCUGGAACUAUCCUCCUUUCACUCCCCGAGUUCUGGGCAGCUUGCUUUUUGCAAGAACCCUCUGCAUGGACGCUGAGGUUUACCAGGAGCUUCACUAUAAUGUCCACAGCUUGUAUGGCUACUCCAUGGCAAGAGCCACAGACUCGGCCUUGAAUACUGUCUUCCCCAAUAAGAGGAACUUCAUCUUAUCCCGUUCUACUUUUGCUGGGUCUGGCAAGUUUGCAGCUCAUUGGUUGGGGGACAAUGCAGCUACAUGGAAUGAUCUCCAAUGGUCCAUCCCUAGUAUCCUUGAGUUCAACCUAUUUGGCAUCCCCAUGGUCGGUGCCAAUAUCUGUGGUUAUACCAAUGAUACCACAGAGGAGCUCUGCAGAAGAUGGAUGCAGCUUGGAGCAUUUUAUCCACUAUCCAGGAAUCACAAUGGGCCUGAGUUCAGGGACCAGGACCCUGCUGCCUUUGGUGAAGACUCUCAGCUGUUGAGUUCCUCCAGGCAUUAUCUGAACAUCCGCUAUACCCUGUUGCCCUAUCUCUACACCCUCUUCUACCGAGCUCAUACCCUGGGGGAGACUGUAGCGAGGCCCCUGGUCCAUGAAUUCUACCAGGACAGUGCUACGUGGGAGGUGCACGAGCAGUUCUUAUGGGGACCUGGACUCCUCAUCACGCCUGUGUUACGUGAAGUGUGUUUAUAAUCUAAGCAGAGGGGUGGGAUAUCAACACUAGUCCUCAUAUCUCUAUAGCUGAAUAAGUCAGAGGCUGAAUA